AUAUAAAACGGCCCCAGGUGAUAGCUCCCCAGUUUUUACCUUGCCUAUCCUCUCCUCUCCUCUCCCCAGCCAGAAGCCACGACUAUUUGUAAUUAUCUCCUCCAUCUGGACAUUCGUCGACCCACCGGAAAAAUUCGUCUAGAGAGGAAUUGAAAAAAAAAAAUCAAGAAAACUUCCCAGCCAGAUCGAGAGAUCGAGAUCUGGGAACCUCGGAGCCGACGGCGGCGAUGGCCCUCCUCCGCCUCGUCCUCCUCCUCGCGGUGGCGAUCCUGGCCUCCUUCCGGCCGUCGGCUGCGGAGAUCCGGGUGACGGAGGUCCGAUCCGACGGGCGGACCAUCAUCCCCUUCGACGAGUUCGGCUUCACCCACAACGGCGUCCUGGAGCUCAACGUCUCCGGGAUCUCCUUCUCCGACCCCUCCCCGGCCCUCGACCUCUCCCAGCUCGGCUUCUUCCUCUCCACCCGCGACGCCUGGAUCCACGUCCUCCAGCAGCUCCAGGAGCGCGACAUCACCUGUCCCCUCGGCUCCUCCCUCGUCAAGCACGUCUACUUCUUGAACCAACUCAAUAAUCCCAACCCCAACCCCAGCGGCCUCUCCAUCCCCCGCUCCACCUUCUUCGGCACCGUCUUCUCCCAGUCCGAUCCCGGCCAGUACACCCUCGUCUUUGCCAACUGCCUCCGCGGCCUCCGCGUCUCCAUGACCGUCCGCUCCGCCAUGUACAACCUCGAUCCCCACACCGGCCACCGUGCCUACCUCUCCGCCGGCGCCGCCUCCCUCCCCCUAAUCUACUUCCUUCUCUUCCUCGCCUACGCCGCCCUCGCCGCCGCCUGGGUCGCCGUCCUCCUCCGCAAGCGCAGCGCCGUCUUCCGCAUCCACUACUUCAUGCUCGCGGUCGUCGUCCUCAAGGCCCUCAACCUCCUCUGCGAGGCCGAGGACAAGUCCUACAUCGAGCGCACCGGCAGCGCCCACGGCUGGGAUGUCCUCUUCUACAUCUUCAGCUUCCUCAAGGGCAUCUCCCUCUUCACCCUCAUCGUCCUCAUCGGCACCGGUUGGUCCUUCCUCAAGCCCUACCUCCAGGAGCGCGAAAAGAAGGUCCUCAUGGUCGUCAUCCCCCUCCAGGUCGUCGCCAACAUCGCCCAGGUCGCCAUCGACGAGUCCAGCCCCUACGCUCGCGACUGGGUCAACUGGAAGCAGGUCUUCCUUCUCGUCGACGUCGUCUGCUGCUGCGCCGUCCUCUUUCCCAUCGUCUGGUCCAUCAAGAACCUCCGCGAGGCGGCCCGGACCGACGGCAAGGCCGCUGUCAACCUCAUGAAGCUCACCCUGUUCCGCCAGUACUACGUCGUCGUCAUCUGCUACAUCUACUUCACCCGCGUCGUUGUCUACGCCUUCGUCACCAUCACCUCCUACCGCUACCUCUGGACCAGUGUUGUCGCCGGGGAGCUCGCCACCCUCGCCUUCUACAUCUUCACCGGUUACAAGUUCAAGCCAGAGGUGCACAACCCCUACUUUGUGAUCGACGAUGAGGAAGAGGAGGCCGCUGCCGAGGCUCUCAAGCUUGAUGAUGAGUUUGAGUUGUGAUGCAGAUGAUGGAUCAACAAAUGGUCUUCCUUUUAACCAAAGGUGAUGACCCUGUGUACUAUGGCCAGAACAAUAGGAGGAUAGAGGUGGGAUCUAGUAUUUCUUUUCAUCUUCUCUUUUCAUUUCUUUCUUUUUUAUUUUUUGGCCUUACUUUUAUUGGGAUUCUCGAAUUGAUAUCAUAAGAAGCUUGGAGCUCUAGUUUAUCUUCAUACUGUAGCAUGUAUGUCUAAGUUUACUUAUCUACUAUGGAUUUUAAUUGAUUCCACUUGUACCUGCAUAGCAAGCAUACAAGUAUAUUUUGGUUCAUUGCUAUGCUCUA